CAUCAUCAGUGUCAUGUGAUUGUUGACACGAACAAAUAGAGAACUUCCCGGGAAAGCGGCUUGUCCAAAUGGCGAACACUUGUUUUCUUACUUUAUUUUCCGUUCUGUUGUCUGCCGUGUUGGCCGGACAGCAUUUCACGGAGAAAAAUCCCUGUUAUGUCCCCAGGCCAAGAAAAAACGGCUUCGGGUUGAGGACCUCGCCUCGUCCUCACGAGUAUUUGAAGAUUUCUGAACUGCCCAAGUCGUGGGACUGGAGGAACAUUGGCGGUAUCAACUUUGUCAGCACCACUCGCAAUCAGCACAUUCCUCAGUACUGCGGCUCAUGCUGGGCUCAUGGCAGCACCAGUGCAAUGGCAGAUCGCAUCAAUAUUCAGCGGAAGGGGGCGUGGCCGUCCGCCUACCUCUCAGUGCAGCAUGUGCUCGACUGCGGAGAAUCCGGUACUUGCCACGGUGGCGAUCACAGCGGUGUGUGGGAGUACGCCAACCUCCACGGCAUCCCAGACGAGACAUGCAAUAACUACCAGGCCAAAGACCAGGAAUGCAAACCCUUCAACCAGUGUGGCACCUGCACCACCUUCAACGUAUGCAAUGUUGUACGCAACUACACUCUGUGGAAGGUGGGCGAUUACGGAGCGGUCAGCGGGAGGGAGAAGAUGAUGGCAGAGAUCUACGCCAGAGGGCCAAUCAGCUGUGGUAUCAUGGCGACAGACAAACUAGACAAAUACAACGGCGGACUCUACUCAGAGUACGUUGAGGAGCCUUUCGUGAACCACAUCGUGUCAGUGGUGGGAUGGGGAGUGGAGAACGGUGUCGAGUACUGGAUUGUGCGGAACUCCUGGGGAGAGCCGUGGGGUGAGAAAGGUUGGCUCAGGAUUGUCACCAGUGCCUACAAGGAAGGAAGUGGAAGUUCCUACAACCUGGCAAUAGAGAAGGACUGUGUCUAUGGAGACCUUAUAGUUCCUGAAGACUACCUAGUCUAGCAUACAGCAGGACUGUCAGGAUUAACUUUUAAUCAUAACCAAAAAGGGAACGUGUAAUACUUUUGCUGGCUAGAAGUGUAUUUUAAAUUUGAUUGCCAAAUGGUUGGCAUUUUAAUUGUCAGAGAGAUGCAGACUGUUUAGUCUUAAAAAAAAGUCACUUGAUCGUGGAUGAGAUUUGACAACGAUCACGUAGCAAAUUUCCCACACAACAAAAGUCCAGACAGACUUGAAAAUCACAAAAGACUUGUUUUUAUCUUAAAAUAAAAAUAAGCAACAUAUCUUAAAAUGAAUGGUGAACCACUGUCAUGUUGCUCUGCUCUGAGUUCCGCUGAAGUGAUUAAAGCGUGCCUUCAUAGUACAAAA